AUGCGCACGUCUCUCGACAAGUUCAAGUUCUCACCCUCGGCGCCCAGUUCUCUACGCCGUUCAGCCCGUUUCACGGCCAUAAAGCAAGAAGAACAGGAAGAAGAAGAUCGCCUUCCAAGUGUUGCUUCAUCCUCUUCCACUCACAAGACUUCUAAGAAACGGUCGGCUUCCGAGAUCACGGACCUAUGGACUGAAAGUACAAAAGACUCUCCGAAUGACAGAAGGAAGCGAAGUAGAUCACCAACCAAACUGAAGAAGGGAUAUGCACUGCCAGAAGUAUAUGCGCACUUAGGUUGUCUCACGGAUCGCUUGAGGGAGGAGCUUGAUGUCAUUUUCGUGGGUAUCAAUCCUGGCGUCGAAUCGGCGAAGAAGGGCGCACAUUUUGCACAUCCGACGAACCAUUUCUGGCGAUGCCUCCACUUGGCUGGUUUUACCGACCGUCGUGUUGCGCCUACAGAGGAGCACAUCCUCCCAGAGCAAUUCAACAUAGGCCUUACCGAUCUUGUGGACCGGCCAUCGUCAGAGGCCGCUGAGUUAUCCAAAGCUGAAAAGAUAGCCGCGGUUCCGAAACUCCUCGAAAAGUUCAGUCGCUGUCGCCCCCGAUUUGUAUGCUUCGUUGGCAAAGUCAUCUGGGACGUAGUCGAACCUGUUCUCAAGAAAAACAAGUGCGCUAUUCCUGAACCCGCUGUAAGCCUUCCGGCUCCAGGCGAUGAUAGCACGGGAGAAAGCGGGAAACCGAGCGGAUCUGCAUCUCCAAUCAGUAAGAAGACUGGAAAGAAUGGAAAGUCUACGAAGGAGAAGAAAAAGGGAACUGGCAAAAAGCCGCCCUUUCCGUACCAUCUGCCAUUGCCCUACAAGCUUGUCCACGAUUAUGCUCCAGACUCGGCCACGGUCAAGGAGACAUUGUUCUUCGUCGUACCAAGCACCUCCGGCUUGGUCGCCGGGUAUCAGCUCAAAGACAAAGCUCGAUUCUUUACGGCUCUCAAGGUUUGCCUCGAAGAAGAGAAGCUAGACGUCCUCGACAAGACUCAAACGGUCCCGGUCCGCAUCGCUUUCUCUUGACCUUUCCCGCCGUCAACACCCAGGACGUAUGUUGGCUUGGUUUUGUAUGGUGAACUUCCCAUUGCACUGUUUCCUCAUCGGUCGGCGUACAUGUCUUCUAGCGAGAAUAUACCCACAUAAAGCCAUUCCGCAAAAAAAUUAGUUGGCC